AUGCCAUACCUGACCAUUCCCCACGGCCGAAUCUUCUACACCGACUUCCAACCCCACGACCUCCCUCCCCGCGCGACGCUCAUCUUCCACCACGGCCUCGGUUCCACCCAUGCCUUCUACCGGUCUAUCACCCCCGCCCUCACCUCCCCCCCGCACAAUUUCCGCUGCAUAACCUACGAUACCAUCUCGAGCGGGCUCUCCGAUCUUGCUUCCGAGCCUCAAUCAAUGCAAGGGUUGGCACAGGAUGCGAUCGAAGUCCUGGAUGAGCUGGGCGUGAAAGAGAAGGCGAUCUUUGUGGGACAUAGCAUGGGUGGUGUCGUGGCGUCGGAGAUAGCUGCUACCAAAGGGGAUAGGAUAAAAGGGUCGGUCAUGUUGGGGCCUCCGUUGCCCAGUCCCACUGUUGAAAAGACGUUUGAGGGACGGGUAAAGGCGGUAGAAGAAGGGGGAAUGGAAGCAAUGGCAGACACCAUCCCUACUGGUGCCACUGGCUCCAAAUCAACGCCUCUGCAGCACGCUUUCAUCCGAACGCUGCUACUGAGCCAGAGACCGGAAGGGUAUUGCUCGAUGUGCAAGGCUCUAGGAGGCGCGUCGCCGCCCGACUAUGCUGCCAUUAAGAUGCCGACGUUGAUGGUCGCGGGGGAGGAGGAUAAGAGCGCUCCUUUGGCUGGGUGUGAGGAGAUAUUUAAGAGGACUGGAGGUGAGAAGAGCAUGGAGGUUGUCAAAGGGAUGGGUCAUUGGUUUUGCAUUGAGGACCCCGAGUCGAUUGCGAAGCUGAUUGGAGCAUUUGUUGAGAAAGUGAUACAGGGAAAUUGA